GACCGUUUAGCUUAUGUACCCAAUUGGGCCACACAAAGCACACAUACCAUUGCAGCUGUUUCGGUAACAGAGUUCGCAGCCGUGGAAGCGUAGCUGGGUUACAAGCAUUAACGAGCACAACCAAGUGGAAAUUUUGCUGUAUAGUCGCGGUCAACCUCUGCAAGGAAGCGGGUAUUCCCUUUAACGGCCGGAGGAAGCAUGGAAGUGGAAGACUUUGACGACGAUGACGUCGGCCUCACUUCAGCGCAGAUGAUUGCCAGGGAGAGGGCUGCCUUUGGCAAGAAUGGGGACCUUAACUCCGCUCUACGGGGAGUGUCUUCAAGGAGAGGUGCAGACAACGACUUCCGCAUACCAGCUGCAGGUGUCAGCAGGGGCCAAGGAGGGUUCGGCCUUGACAGUGAACUGGAGCGUGACUCCAGGCCCGCAAAUUUGCCGCAGCCUGCGGAAGCAUUUGGCCUGACAUCGGGAAUGCAGCGCCUGGACUUCAAGGACGCCAGACCGCAGGCGUCAGAAGCCUUCGGCCUAUCCGCGGAGGUCCCACCCCCACCUCCACCCGCGUCUGCGCCUUCCCCCAGCCGCGCCACCCCACCAGGUCCCCUGACUCGCGGCCUGCAGCCCCUCGGCGGCCCUGGCAGGGCCCUGCCUCCCCCCCGCCGCGGACCCGGCCUCUCUCCCCUGCGCCCCCCCGGAGCCCCCCCGCCUGCACCGGUGUCACAACAGCAACCGGCCCAGCCUCCGCCGCCUCCGCAGCAGGCCUUUGGACUCGCCGCAGAGGCUGCUGAGGAUACCCCGCGCAUCGCCAACCCCGGCAACAACCAGCCUCUCCUGCAACAGCACCAGCAACAGCAGCAGCAGCCUCCGUCGCACCUCAUGUCACCGCUGCCUGCGCCACUGCCGCCCAGCACCCAGCCACCACCGCCAGCAGCAGCAGCAGUAGCGCAGUCUGCCUUUGGUCUGGCAAACGAGCUGCGGCCUCAGCAGCAUCUACCCGAGCCCGGCUCCAUGCAGCAGCACCCGCAGUACCCGCAGCAACAGCAGCCGCCGGGAGGUGGCUACGGCCUGGGAGAUGAGGUGCGCGCCGCGGCGGCAGCAGGCGGCUUGCAGCGGCCACCUCCGCCUCCUCCUCCUGCGGCGGCGGUGACGGCACUGCCACAGCAGCAGCAGCAGCGCUUCAAUCGGCCUUCCGGUGGGUACGGACUGGCGGAAGACGUGCAUGUGGCAGGGGCGGGGGCAGCGGCGGUGGCGCCUGGAGGGGCAUGGGGGCAGCAACUGCAGCAGCCGGGGCAGCAGCAGCAGCCGGGAGGCGGGUUCGGCAUUGCAGCUGAGGUUGGAUCUGGGCCCCAGCCGCCGCAGCCCCGGGCGCCGGGAGUGCAGCCCCAGGGGUACGGUCAGGGAUACGGACUUGACAACGACAUUGCUCAGCAGCAGCAACAGCAGGAACAUCAACAACAGCAUCAGCAGGAGAUUCAGGAAAUGCAGCAGCAGCAACAGCAGCAGCAGCUCUUGAGCGGCAUACCCGCUGAGUACUGGAGCCAGCCGCCUGCCGACACCGCCCUCCCGCUAGACCAACUGCUGGGACCCGCAGCAGCAGCAGCAGCCGGGGAGGGGCCCUGGCUGCAGCUCAACGCGCGGCAGGCGCAGGCGGUGAUGACGGGACUGGCGCAGCAGGGGGUGGCGCCCAGGGUGGUCGACAUACGCGAGGCGCGUGAGAAGCUGCUGGACGCCAGUGCGCCGCCCCGCCUCGCCUACCUGGCCGCGGUGGAGCGGGCGGCACCCGGGCAGCGGCUGGGACCCAACUGUCGCCCCUCGCUGCUGCAAACCAAGCUCAAGGCGGGGCAGAACAGGCUCCGCAAGCUGCUAGAGCCGGUGUUGGAGCCGGGCGGCCAGGGCUUCGUGGACCUGAGCUACAGCCCCGAGGGGGCGCUGCAGCCCGAGAGCGCCCGCGUGUGGCAGUUCGGACUGACGCUGGUGCAGGCGGACGGGGUGGGCAAGACGGGUCUGCAGCGCGUGCGCCAGCCCUGCCUCUACAUCGCCCGCGUGGCGCUGUUCGACCGGCGCGCCAACCGCUUCCUGGGCAAUGUGCUGGGGCUGCGGCCCAGCGGGGUGUCGCAGUACGACAAGCGCUGGAACUUCAACACCGAGGAGCGGGUGGUGGUGCGCUGCGGCUGCGUGCAGUCCGACCCCCAGGCGGGCACCCGGCUGGUGUCGGAUGAGGCGCUGUCUCUGUUCGUGGAGUUCAAUGUGUCGUACCGCCUCUCCGUGAUGGACACCCUCAACAUGCCGCAGAACGAGGGAAAGUCCGCCCAGCUUCUUGACGAGAUCAACACCUGCUGGGCCAUGAUCAGCUUCCGCAAGUGCACGGGGCUGCAACGCGAGGUGCAGAUCAGCGUGCCGCUCUACCACGGAUCCAUCUACAACCCGCAGCCCAUGACCGCCAUCUACGAGGAAAAGCGCAAGCAGUCCCCCUUCCUGUCCGCCUUCAAGUCUCACGACAGCCCGGUGCUGCAGUUCCGAGUGGGCCCGCUGAGCGAGGGAAAGCCGCCGCUGGUGCCGUACGCUUUCAUGCCCCCCACGCUGCUGGCCACCCCCGACCUCGCCUCCGCGCUCGCCACCUACCGCAUGGCCGCCGCGCUGCUGCUGGCGCGCCAGCCCGGCCCCUUCGCGCCCGCCGCCGACCCCGUGCUGGCGGGCUUCCCGGCCCUGCUGGGGGACCACCACCUGCUGGCGGAGUUCCUGACGCGGUGGCGGGACGUCACGCAGAAGAUGGGCGCGAUACUGGAUCCCGGUUGCUGCGCCCCCGAGGUGCUGCCCCCGCUUGCCGCCCUGCUGGAGGCCUUCCGGCGCUGCACCGUGGAGCUGGCACCGCUGGCGCACUGCCCCACCAUCCCGCCGCGACACAUCAACAACUUUGUGGAGUACCAGGGUCACCGACUGCGGCUGGUGCAGUCCUACUGCCACGUGGUGGACCCCGCCUCCAACAAGAUCCUGGGCGCACGACACCCCGUGGAGCCGCUGUCGCAUGCGGGAUUCGAGUUCCUGCAUGCGCCCUUUGAUGUAUCGGAGGUGCGGGUGUGCAUGGCGGACCGGCUGGAGAGGCCCGAGCUUUUCUACAG